AUUCGUGACACUUAAAUUUGAUAAAUCGAGCUUGGGCCUGUUGAGACGAAUAAUUGGGCUUGGGCCCAAAACUAAGGAUGGUUGGGCUUGAGCCCAAAGCGACGAACGAUCGGUCCCAUGCAUACCAAUCUCGCUCGCUGUUUGCCGCCAUUGCUGCUGAGCUUCGCGUUCUCGCCGAGUCUAUCUUCGAAUGAAGAAAGUGAGGGACCGUCUUCUCAAAACCUUUUGCAGAACCUUCGUCACUCUCCAAAACCCUAAACCCCAGAUGGAGGAUCUGGCAGAAAGAUACAGUUACAACCCUGUUUUGAGAUGGAAUCCUCAGGUGGAGGAGUAUUUCAUGAAGGCUUACGGAGCGGAGCAUUUCGCCCUCAUUUCUAGAGCUCUAACGCAUCCAUCUGGCUAUUCAUGUAUACGCGUAAAUACACUCAAGUCCACAACCAAUACUAUUAUUGAGAAGUUAUCAACUAUUGUCAAAGAAACGGGAUAUUCAAAUUUUGAAAAUACAACAUUGAAUGGUGGUGAUGUUGAUGUCAAUGGUAUUGAACUUAUGCAAAGUGGCAGCCAGAGGGCCUCAGUGAGGAUUGAAGAUGAGAAAAACCCAAUUGGUAAACAGUAUCAACAUCCAUCCAUCUCAAGGUGUCAGGUACCUGGGUUAGACUAUGUUGUAUUUGUAAGGGGUUCAGGACCACACACAAUUGAUUAUGGUUAUGCAAAUGGCAGACCUCCAAAAGAAGUGAUUGUGAGCCGAAAAUGUGCUGAAGCAGUUCUUCGAGGUGCUCAGGUCUAUGUUCCUGGUGUUAUGGCUUGCAGUGCUCAUGUUGAGAGAGGGGACGUAGUUGCUGUUUCAGUUGCUGUGGAGCAGCCUGGGCUAGAUGGUGGAUGGAGUCUUGGUAUUACUCGAGGGACUGUUGUGCAGGGCUUACCGACUGAUCCUUAUCAUUCUGAAAGGAGUGGGUUAUAUAUUGGCCAAGGAACAACGGCAUUGUCAAGGGCUGGAAUAUUUCGUGUUACAGAAGGAAUUGCAGUGGACAUGAAUAAUAGAGUAUUUAAACUACCAUCCUUUCAUGAUGUGCUUGAGGGAGAAAUAUUUCUUCAAAACCUACCAAGCAUCGUCACUGCUCAUGCUUUAGAUCCCCAAAAAGGUGAACGUAUAUUAGACAUGUGUGCGGCACCUGGGGGGAAAACAACUGCAAUUGCAAUUCUUAUGAAGGAUGAAGGCGAGGUCAUUGCUGCUGAUAGGUCUCACAAUAAGGUGAUGGAUAUUCAGAAACUGGCUGCUGAGAUGGGGUUGAGUUGUAUAACUACCUAUAAGCUUGAUGCUCUUAAAUCUGUCAAUCGAAAAACUGAUUCCUGCAAAGGCACCACUUCGGUUUGCAUUGAUACUAACAAUGGUGUUGAAAAGCUGUCCGCAACUACUGAAGUGUUGGGAGUUGAUGAGACCAUAAAGCAAAAUGCUGACCUAAAGAAGAAUGGUAGGAGGCCACGGAAUGGUCCAGGAAGAAAUAAAUGCGUGGGUGGUAGAGUCGAAAACUCGAAAGGUUUUGCCCCCAACAGCUUUGACAGAGUCCUUCUGGAUGCUCCUUGUUCAGCCCUCGGUUUAAGACCUCGACUAUUCGCCGGGGAGGAAACAAUUGCAUCAUUAAAAAACCAUGCAAAGUAUCAGAGACGCAUGUUUGAUCAAGCUGUUCAACUAGUCCGCCCGGGUGGAGUCAUUGUAUAUUCAACCUGUACAAUAAACCCGGGUGAGAAUGAAGCUUUGGUUCGAUAUGCGUUGGAUACAUAUAAGUUCUUAACCUUGGCACCACAGCAUCCAAGGAUUGGAGGGCCUGGCCUUGUUGGUCAUUUUGAGUUUGCCGAUCAUUCUGUGGAGGAAUGGUUAAGACCCGGUGAAGAACACCUUGUUCAAAGGUUUGAUCCAUCGUCGCCUCUCGAUACAAUUGGAUUUUUCAUCGCCAAGUUUUCUGUUGGCUCUAAAGAUUCUGUACAGCAAGAUCAUAUUGCACAUGCGUCAUGA